CUCAUGUUUGUGGGCAUACCGGCGGGUACGACCUUGGUACUUGUACCUUUGAUUGUGCGCCGUCAUCUGGGAAGCAAACCUGUGCCGGACGCAUCCAUCAAAUUCAAAGCGGAGGGGCGAAUCUGAGCCGAAGCUCGGAAAGCCGCUACGGAACCCGCUUCCUUACCGGACUCAACCGUCUGGAGGCUUGUGAUGAAAAGAUGGAGGCAAAAAGAGACAAUUCCAUCCCAUGGAAUCCCAGCCCAAGCGACAGCAGCUGCACCGCCGCCACCAAGUCGUCUGCCCCGUCAUUGCUAGAGCAGCUAGAUAGUGCAGACCUGGAGAAGACGACUCACACCGCCCGGGCACACACGGUCGACCGCGAAGCCGGCGAUUCUCCACACACGGCAAGCGAUGAUUCCGACAGCCCGGAUCCGGAAAAUGCCGACCACGACGACGACCAGGCUCGGGCCCAGGCGGAGCUGGCCCGGCUGCCCUCGGCCGCGCCCACAACGGCAACGACCAUCGACUUCCCCGAGGGCGGCGUGACGGGCUGGCUGGUGGUGCUGGGCUCCUUCAGCGCCAUGCUCUCGCUGUUUGGGCUGAUUAACUCGGCCGCCGUGUUCGAGUCGUACUUCUCGACCCACCAGCUGGCCGACAAGACGGCGUCGGAGAUCGGCUGGAUCUUCAGUCUGUACCUCUUCAUCGUCUUCUUCGUCGGGAUCCAGGUCGGCCCGAUCUUUGACCACUUCGGUGCGAGGCUGCUGGUUGCGGUGGGAAGCUUGUUGAUUGUGUUGAGUCUGGUGCUGCUCAGCUUUUGUGAUGAGUACUACCAAAUCAUCCUCACCUACUCGGUCAUGGGCGGCCUCGGCGGCGCGCUGCUCAAUAGUCCUGCCUACGGCGCCAUCGCCCACUUCUUCAACGUGCGCCGCGGCCUGGCCACGGGCGUUGCCAGCACGGCGGGCGGCGUUGGCGGCGUCGUGUUCCCAGUCCUGCUGCGCUCGCUGCUGCCCAACCUCGGGUUCGCCUGGAGCUGCCGCAUCCUCGCUCUCAUCAUGUUAGGGCUUGCCGUUCCAUCCAACCUGUUCAUCCGCACGAGGCUGACGCCUGCGAAGGGCCGAGACGGCCGCCCGAAGGUGCAGUCCGUCUGGCCGGAUUUCACCGUCUUCCGGGACGCCCGCUUCGCCUUUGCGUCCAUCGGCAUUUUCUUCAUGGAGUGGGGGCUGUUUGUCCCGGUCACCUUCAUCGUCUCGUUCGCCGCCGCCCACGGACAGGAUGCGACGGAAAGCUACCUGCUGCUGUCAUAUCUCAAUGCCGGUUCCGUGCUGGGACGAGUGCUGCCUGGGUUUCUGGCCGACCGUUUCGGGCGCUUCAACAUCAUCAUUGUCACCAUCGCGCUGUGCGUCGUCACGGUUCUGGCGUUAUGGUUGCCCGCGGGGACGUCCAAGGCCCUGCUGAUUGUCUACUCGGUGCUUUUCGGUAUUGCCAGCGGGAGCAACCUGGGACUGAUGCCUGUCUGCCUCGGCCAGCUCUGCGACCAUCGGCGAUAUGGGCGGCUGUUCUCGACCGCCAUGAUGGUCGCCAGCUUCGGCACCCUCAGCAGCGUUCCGAUUGGAGGUGCCCUGCUGGAUUCGGCGCCAGGCGAAGACGGAUGGAGGAACCUAAUCAUAUUUUCUGGUAUCGCAUAUUUUGUAGCGUUGGUGUGCUACGGAACUGCGCGUGUGCUAGCCGUUGGAUGGAAUCCGCGUACGAUCUUCUAGAGGGUGAUGAGAUAGAUCUGUUUGAGCUGACGAUAGAUAUUCAAACACGCUAUGAGUAGUAAUGUUAAGUGGAUAGCAUUUUAGAUAGUUACCUACCGUAGGUUAGGUGGUAAAGCGGACGUGGACAAGGUUACUGCAUCGAGAUCCUUCCCCUAGUAUCCUUGGUGAUGUUUGAGGUCAGCUGCUUGACGAGAACGUGAA